GUGCUUAUAGUGUCCGGCAAGCGGUGUGAUUGAAGUGCAAAUCAGUUUCAUCGCUAUCGGCAACAAAUGGCAACAAGUGACUUUUUGCACUCGAUGAUGGUGGACCGACCGUCCGUGAGUGCCGCCGUACGCUGUCGAGGAAAGCUUCUAGAUUAAUAAUCUAAUUACGGAAUUGGUUCGUCUGUCGUGCAUGCGAUUGUAUAACGAAACGACGGUACGGUGUGAAAAUGUGAAUCAAUCGGCUCGCCGGCACGAUAGAAAACACGCGCGCGUAAACCCAAACCCCUUUUUGCGGAAGAAGUCACCGGGGCAGAGUCGCCGAUAGAUUAAGCCCGACAACUACUAAUUGGACAGAGGAGGAGCGGAUAGGAUGGAGGCGGCGGACGGGCGAAAUAGUACACCCGCGUGACGUACACCAAAAUCACCCUCCUCUUCUUGGCAGGGCGCAAGUGUGCGCUUGCGCCAGUCUGUAGCAAACCCUAUUCCCGCGCUACCAAGGCGUAGAGAGAAGGCGGUAGCAGGCGGUGGUGGAGCUGUUUGUGCAAAGCUUAACUUUGCAACGUAAAACAACGCCAACGCCGUUGUGGUGGUCGUCAACGAAACGGGCAACGCGCUGCGCCUGGUGCCAGUUGCGUACGAUCGUCCGACCCCGACGGAACAGUGUUAAGCCGGCGUGCGGUGCUCUAAGGGGAGGGAACAGUAGUACGAGAGUGUAAGUGUGUGUGUGUGUGCCGUAUGGUACACCAAAUAGAAGAAGGCGCCACAUACCAAAACGCCAGCACGGUCACGCGUGUUGAUGAUUUGGGACGUCAUUUGGCGCAAAUUUCGUUGUUGGGUGUGUGGCACUGUUGUGGUUGUAAAUGAUAGGGAAAUUCGGCGUUCGUUAGUGCGCGGGUAACUAGAUGUGAAAACUAAACCCCCACCCGUGUCGUGAUGGAAAUGCUUCUACCGGCAGUGAUACGGCCCGUCAAACGGGAAGGAAAUUGUUGUGUGCAGCAGACCUAUCAAAAUGGCGUGUAAAUAGUGCAACGAAUCAAGCCCCAUGGCUAGGAUGAAUAUGUGAAUUGGCACAACCGAUAUAAUUCGAUGUCGAUGGCAAAUAUUGCAAAAAAGUGGCUGUGAGUGCUUUUUGUUGAAACAAUUUCCCCGUCUAGUGGAGGGAGAGUGAGUGGAAGAAACUCUAUAUUGCAGCGGUAGCGGAAAAUCAGCAAACCACCCCUCCCGAUUCGUUGUCGUGCCUGCCAAUCGAAUCGAGCCGGUCGCCCUGGUUUUUUUUGGACUAUAAAUAUAUGAUGGCCCUGUUCAACAAGCUGCUAUUCAACAAGAAACGAAACACUAGCUCAUCGUCGCAGAAAACAAGCCCAGGACAGUUCCCGUUCAGCGCGGAUCAGGUGCGCAUUUUGGUGUUCAAGGAGUGUGACAUCCGCGGCCGGAAGCUCCUGUUCGACUCCAGCACGGUCGAGAAGGUGUCGUCCGAUAGUAACAGUGCGGCGGCAGCGGCCGCCUUCGCCAGCGAUCAUCAUCCACCGUCGGUGCCGCAGGUGCAAAAGUGCGAACACUGCAAUGUCGUCUACCGGGUGCGCAAACAUAAUGAUCCUCGCAGCGAGGCAGUACUCAAGACGGAGAUUAAGCAGUUCGAGGAGAUGGUCUUCGGCUCGGCACCGAUUGCGUUCCGGGGCAGCAGCUUCAAGGUGCACUGGCUGAAGGCACCGAAGACGCUGAUGUGCUCGCUCGUGUUCCCCACGCCGGUGUACAACGGGACGAAGAAGUCGUCCGUGUCCACCUACCCCGGCUCGGAGCUGUUCAUCAAUGGUAGCAGUAGCGGCAAUACAACCAGCGGCAUUGGAAGCAGCAGUGGUGGCGUCGACUACAAUCCCUCCGUGAGCGAUCUAAGCUCGAUCGGGACGGGGUCGUUACACUCGUUCACGGUGAGCUCAUCAACCGCCACCCAGCACGACCCUUCGCUACUCCAGCGGCUGCGACCGGUGCUGCCGGUUGAGUUUUGUAACUUCGAUCGGUUUGCCGAUCUACACCACUCGUCCAACAGUGGCGUCGACUCCGGGUACGGUGGAACCGAUCCGUGGGGCCUGUCCGGGUCGGGCUCUUCGCGCCAUCCGACUUCCUCGUCGCACCGGAGCAGCCUGUCCUCCAUCUACAGCGACUUCGAUUGCAUCCGUCGCCUGAGCACGGACAACUUUAGCGUGGACAUUCCGCCACCGCCGAACUGUGUCAGCCUGGAGGACUGCCACUCGUACGGCAGCUUUCACCGGCGGGUGUCGAAGAAUCUGACGACUUCGUUCGAAAACCGGCACACGGUUGCGGACCACGUGGGCCACCUGGACGAGCUGGGCCAGAUGUUGGCGGGUGGUGGCGGUGGUGCCGGUAGUGGUGUUGGACAGCAUACGGGUGCGACGGUGACCAGUGCGGCGGCUAGUGAUGGAUGUGUGGUGUCGCGCAAUCGUCGGAACAGUGAAACGAUGGAGCUGAUAAACCGACGGAAAGCGUACAGUGGGGAGCUGCUUUCGACCGCUACCAACUACCAGGGGAAGGCGCCGAGCAAAAAGCAGCGGCUCGGGGUGGCAGUUUGCAUACGGCUGAACGAGGUGAUGCUGCAGGACACGGACACGUUCUGCUCCGAGCACAUGACGGUGUUCGAAUCGAUCCUUUGCCGGGUGCGGGUGGCGGUUGAGAAGGCGUACAUUCGAUGGCGAUUGUUUUUGCAGAUCAUGCUGGGAGCCUGGCAUUCGACGCAACAGUGGCUGAACGAUCUCUUCACGGCUCCGCGGCUUAACAAUCCGGUCUGGUUGACGCUCAGCAGCAGCACGUUAACCGAUCGUAACCUUGCCUCGCUCGCCAACACGUUCAUGAACGAUCUAUGCUCGUUGCUGUCGUCAGCCGAUACGAAGGAUACAAACUUCUUCAUCAGCACCAUGAUCACUGCCGUCCUGACGCACCAUCUAGGAUGGGUGGGUACGAUCGCUGCUAUGACCGCCACGGACGAUUCGUCCCCCAGCAGCAAGCUCGAUCUGAUUAGGCGGGAAAAGAUUCGCAUGAACGAAAUUACCGCCAACCAUCCGUACAGCGUGCUGUGGGCCCAGCUCGGCGACCUGUACGGUGCGGUCGGCUACCCGACCAAGCUCUCGAAAACCAUCAUCUGUGGCAGCUCGCAGCUGGGCAACACGCUCGACAAGAUCCUGAACGUGCUGUCGUACUUUAUACGCUGCUGCGAAAUUAAACGCACCGUGUACGUGGAGUCGUUCGACGAAGCGAACGUUCGGACCGCCUUCAUAGCGCAGCGAGCGAACGCAGCAUCGGCAGCGGCAGCUUCAAUCCCAGCUGAAGGCAUGCAUGAUGUAAAAGUGCCUUUUGCUGAACCAAAUUCUGGAUUGCUGCAACCACCAGCGGCGCCACAACCCCCACUGCUCCGUUCGGCCUCGUCCGGAAUGGUGCGGUCAGCGACGAGGAUGAAAAAUUUAGCCUCCCUAGCCGGUGGCAGCGAGAAGGAUAUCUCCCAGCAUACCACCUCGACCGGGGAGCUCACGAGUGCCACCAGCCCGGCAAACGAGGAGGUGCAGAAAGCGCUAAAGAAAAACGUGAUGAAUGACAUUCCAAACGUGCUGGUGUACCGGGACUCGCGCUUCGUCCGCCAGGAGCUGCGGAUAGGCAACAAAAGCAUGGACACGGGGCUGGUGAUGAAUGCGCGCGAAAAGCAGUACCUAGAGGCGCGCUAUCAAAUCGGCAAGGUGGCUUUGCUGCAGCCGACCCAAGCCGAUCCCGAGCUGGCACAGGAAGCGCUCGUACUGGAGGCGGAGAGCGAAGGUCGGUGCAGCGCGGACGGCGAUGAUCGGGAGUCCGUCCGGCUGUCCUAUCUCAUUACCGAGAACAGUCUCGGGCAGGUGGGCUCGUCGGAGGCGGCGGAAUCGCAGCAGCGACUAAUCUGGGGCGUGGAGAAGACGAAGGAAGGCAUCGCGUUUGAGCAGCUCAAGUACAUCAGUCUGCUGCGCGGGGACUACCAGGUGCAGAAGGAUGCCGUCAGCGAGAAGGACCAAAGCGAGCCAAGGAGCGAGGUCGUGUUUGUGCUGGGGGAAAAUGAGAUGCUGAAGGACAUACACCGGAAGGCGGGAACGCCGGACGAUGAUGUGCUGAGGCCGCUCGGCAUGGUGCAGCCGCUGAAGCACUGCUGCCGGCAAAAGUUUAACAGCUUCGACCGGUACCGGAAGAUUGCUGCCAACUUUCUCAAAAGCCGUAACCUGCCCGACUAUCAUCUGUUGGAGCGCGGCAAAGGACACGCGCUGGGGGAGCAGGAGCCGGAACCGGAGGCAGCGAUCAGUGUUGCCCCGUUGUCGGAGCUAUCGUUUGGUGUGAUAGAACCGAGCAGUAGCAGCAGCAGCAGGCAAGCGGGAAAGCCCGAGUGUGCCGUCUGCCAUCAGAUACCGACAGUGUACUGUCUGCAAACGCCAACGAAUGCGUCGGAAAUGGAGUUUAUUGGCGAGCUGUCGCCGAACGGAAGCCAUAGACCGUACUGGAGCGGUCGAUCGGCACUUCUGGAGCAACUGACAGGGGGAGAAACCGUACCGGAGGAUGCCGCCUGUACGACAGGUGGUCUUCCGUCCGGUGGCCUUCCUUUAAUGCGCGAAAACAUUCCACUCAUUGUGCUGCCGGGGCACACGAUGGCUACGCUGGACGAGAACGAUGAGCUGCGGGCGAAGCAUCCGGGCAGUAUUCUGAAGCUGAUCGACAUUCCCUUCCCGAAGGGGAUGCGCACAGCGGCCGCCGGUGGACAUGAUGAGAAUAACAACAGCAACGGUACCGGUUCGGGAUGUUCCGUCGCAGGUGGUGGUGGUGUUGGUGUUGGUGGUAGUCACGGUAUCAACAAUGCCAGUAGUGCUGGCAGUGCUGGGGGCGGCAACAGUGGAGGACACAGUGCAGCAAGCGGUCACCAUCACCACACGACCGAUCCGACCAGCAGCACCGGUAGCGAUAAGACUGAGAAAGGUGUGCGAUGCUUUCGUACCGGGUUUAUGCCGUCCCUGUUUAGUCGCAUCACCGACCACUACAUGCCGGAUAUGGUGCUGCAGGCAACGACGGCACCGCCGAGCCAGUGGGAGGCAGCGCUCAAGCGCGAUCUGCACCUGGCCGCCCGGUUCACGCUGUACGAGCAGCAGCUGACGGAGAACAAUGCCAUCAUCGCCAACCUGGACACGCACGAGGUACGGUUGCUUUCGUCGCAGUCGCUCGUGGAUGGCGACAUCGUCGGCAUGUCGCAGCUGGUAUCGUCCAUGCUGGAGGCUGUCAGUGCGAUGUGGUCCGCUGGAAUCUCCGCUUAUCAGUGCAUGGCGUUUAUUGAAUCGAAACUGCGCGAGCUCUACCUGCAGUCGGAAACGAUCGCGAGCGUCAUGCUCGCGACGGACUUCUGCACGCUGAGCUCGAUCACCACCGCCAUGGACAUCACUGCCAACGAUAUGGAGCUGCUGCUGUCCGUUGCGUCGGUGCACACGCCCGAAGCCACCAAGCGGUACCGUGUGCUGAUGCGCUAGAACGUGCCCAGAAAGGAGCUUACAAUUUUGCAGAAUGUGCAAAUGUGAUAUUAGGUUAAUCGUUUAGGGUAGAGUAGGUACGCAACCAGGUACGUCAUUCAAAGAGAGCGGACGUAUCUGGAGAGGUGGGGGCCGACGUGUACCCAGCGAAAGGAGAAAGUCGAAAAAGGAUGUUGAUGAAUGAACAGAUCCCCAGGGGGAUUAUUUCGAGCAGAUGCUAUGAUAUUUAUGCAAGUCAGCUCUCUCUCUCUCUUUCCCUUUAUUUCAUUCGACCAGUGGAACCUCCUUAUCAAUUUUCAUGUAGAUCGUUACGAUGUAAAGUGGAUUUGACUGUAAGGAAACAAGAAAGGUGUAAUUUCUGACCAAAAGUUGUGAUUAGAGCGUGUAAAAGUGUAUUGCAGAGCAAUAUUUUCAUCCCAAGAGGGAUGUGCCUUGGAGCGGAAGGACAGCCGAGGUUGUGAGAGCAGGUAUAAAAUAAGACUAAGCUUAGCUAGAGAUAGCGGACUCUUGACUAGACUUGAGCCAAAGGGUUUAAAAGACCCGGCCGACAUUUGUCGUUAGCAAACGUUUAGCCAUCUAAUGCGGGCGUGUGAACUGAAGCAAGCAAAGAGCAAUGAGAUAUUUAUUGAAGUGAAAUUUGCAAUAAAAUCUUUGUAAACAAAUUCAAAAGCAA